AUGGGGAAAUCGUGGCUAUACAGCCUGAAGAUGGAUGACUUUCCCGCAAUAGCGAGCGCCCUAGGCAUUAAACUCGAAGGGUUGGUCGAGGAUAUGCCGAAGACGCUGUCCGAGUUUAUCCAGCAGACCACAGACGAGCCCGAAACGGUCGCCAUACUGGAGGCAUUGGAAAGGGAGUACGCAAGGAGACCGGCCCCGGAAAUCAAAGUCACCGGCGUGGAAGGCCUGAUGGGGAGCCUCGAUGUCCACAGCAUGAUGGAGGCCAGCGGGAGCAGACCCGAAAGGCAGGAAACCGGGAGUGAACGGCGGGAAAGCAGCCGCGAAAGAAGGGAGAGGCGGGAGCCCAGCCGCGAUCGGCGAGACAUCGCAAGGGUAGCCCCUCCGGAUUACGCGAAGGUGGCGAAACAGGUGCGGGAGUGGAGCUUCCGGUACGACGGUCACGACAAGCCAUUGGAAUUCCUGGAGCAGGUGGAGUGGUCAGCAAUGACGUACGGCCAGGACAUCAACCAAAUCCCGCGAGCGAUGCCGGAACUGCUAAAGGGCAGGGCCCUAAAGUGGUUCAUCGCCAACAACAGAUUCUGGGAGACAUGGGCUGAAUUUAUCCACAGCUUCCAAGAAUUUUUCCUGCCCAGAGGCUUCAUGACGAAGCUGGCAGACCAGGUCAGGCAGAGGAAGCAGCGGCAUGGCGAGUGCUUCAAAGAUUACAUGGUGGACAUGCAGACCCUAAUGCGGCCUUUGGGGAUGUCCCAGAAAGAGACCUUGGAGAGGAUAAGGGAGAACAGCACUCCAGCUCUACGGAUGUUUGUCCGCCCGUACGAGUGCCGACACCUGGAUGCUCUGAUGGUCCUGGCCGACGAAUUCGAAGAACUGGACUCCCAAAGGGAGCGGUUCGAGUCAGAGCGAACGCACAGAGCCCGCCACCAGCGGGAUUUCCCAAGAGGGGAACAGCACGCGGUGCGGAAGCCAGGAUCACUGGAUGCGGGAGUGUCGGAACCGACCAAUCACAUUUUGCUGGACGUGCGGGAGAAUCGGCCCGAAGACCACAGAAUGCUGCCCAAGAUCGGGAAACGCCAUGCGACCCCAGCCUCAGAGGGGCAACCAGGGUUCGCAAGGUGCUGCCCCUCAAAAUUAAUGGGCAAGCUGAAGGCGGAAGAAAGGCAACUGUCCGCCACAGUGCUUAUAGACGGAAUGGAAGUUAAGGCCACGAUGGACACCGGAGCCACAGCAAGCUUUAUUAGCGAAGAGUUGGCGGACAGGUUGCGGGCAGUGGGAGAUGUCGUAGCCGCGAGAAGAGAGGUGCGGAUGGCUGAUGGACGGUUUGAGGAGGUCACAUCGCUGCUCGAAGUGGACGUAGGACUGGGAGAGAGGACCGUAAGAAUGCAACUGCUAAUCCUCCACAACAUCAUCGACGCUCUAGUACUGGGAUGGGAUUUCCUAACGAAAGUUGGAGCCAGGAUAGCAUGCUCGGGUCUAAGCGCAACGAUACCUGCGGGACAGCUGGUUCGAAGCAAUGCAAGCGAGAAGCUGUCAGUGGCAAUCGUGGAAAGGACGACCGACUUUGCGGAGGAAGAUAUAGACGGCUUCUUGAAGGCAGAGCUAGCAGAGUUGGGAAGAGUCCAAGGGACGUCAACGGUGGCGGUGCACAGAAUCACGAUGAAAGACGAUCAACCGGUCAAACAGCGCUACUACCCGAAGAACCCGAAGAUGCAGGUGGAGAUCAACGCCAAGGUCGACGAGUUGCUACAAAAGGGGUGCAUCGAGCCGUCUAGGAGUCCGUACAGCUCUCCCAUAGUGAUGGUGAAAAAGAAGACGGGUCAGUGGCGUUUGUGUGUGGAUUUCCGCCAAAUAAACGCAAAGUCCGUGAAGGACGCGUACCCGAUGCCAAUGAUCAACUACAUUCUGGAUCAAUUAAGGGAGGCGAAAUACAUAAGCAGUCUGGAUUUGAAGGACGGGUACUGGCAGAUUCCGUUGGCAGCGGCAAGUCGGCAAUAUACGGCAUUUACGGUGCCAGUAAAGGGCCUGUUCCAGUGGAAAGUAAUGCCGUUCGGACUGCACUCCGCAUCGGCAACGUUCCAGCGGGCGUUGGACCACGUGAUAGGACCCGAGAUGAUGCCACACGCAUUUGCGUACCAGGACGACAUAAUUGUGAUCGGACGGACACUACAAGAGCAUAAGCGCAACCUGAAAGAGGUUUUCCGGAGGCUGAGGGCAGCAGAGCUCUGA